AUGACGCCAUCAGAGCUGACUGCGAAAUCUACGAUUUUGAUCAUCGGAGCUGGAACAUGGGGCUGCUCGGCUGCCCUGCAUUUGGCCCGCAGAGGAUAUGAAAACAUUCAGGUCCUCGAUCCGUUUGAUGUGCCGUCACCUAUUGCUGCGGGCAAUGAUGUCAAUAAGAUUAUGGAACAUAAGGAGGUCAAAGACACUCACAAGGAUCCUCAAAGCAUUGCAUUUGCUACCUGCACUCGAGCAGCGUUAAAGGGCUGGAAAACAGACCCCGUUUUCUCCCCCUUCUUCCACGAGACGGGCGUCAUAGUCUCGGGGAGCACGCUCGACAUUAUCCAGCACAUCAAAGAGGGAGAGAUCGACCUUGCGCAAGGCGACUUUGUAACCCUUGAGAAUGCUGAAGAUUUCCGCAAAACGAUGCCACCCGGUGUUCUGACUGGCGAAUUCCCCGGAUGGAAAGGAUGGUUCAGUCCGAAAGACGCGGGAUGGAUACAUGCUCGCAAGGCCAUGAUUUCAGCGUACAACGAGGCGAAACGGCUCGGUGUCAAAUUCACGACAGGUACUCCUCACGGAAAAGUUGUGUCUCUCGCCUAUCACAAUGGAGAUGUGAGCGGUGCCCAAACUGCAGAUGGUACUAUCCACUGCGCAGACUAUACUAUUCUAGCGGCUGGUGCCGGGUCUGAUCAGCUCCUUGACUUCAAGAAGCAGUUGCGGCCCACCGCGUGGACUCUAUGUCACAUUCCUAUGACACCGGAAGAGGCUCAGGGGUAUCGUGACUUGCCGGUGCUUUUCAAUGUCGCAAAGGGUUUCUUUAUGGAGCCUGAUGAAGACAAGCACGAACUCAAGAUAUGUGAUGAACAUCCUGGGUACUGCAAUUUUGUGGAAGAUCCGCAACAUGCAGGAGAAACGAAGAGUGUACCUUUCGCCAAAAACCAGAUUCCGUUGGACGCGGAAGCCCGCGCAAGAAGCUUCUUGCGUGAAACAAUGCCUCAUCUCGCAGACAGGCCUUUCUCGUUCGCUAGAAUCUGCUGGGAUGCUGACACGGUUGAUCGGGCUUUCUUGAUCGAUGGUCACCCCGAAUAUCCUUCUCUGUUGGUGGCUGUGGGAGGCUCCGGCAAUGGAGCAAUGCAGAUGCCAUCGAUUGGUGGCUUUAUCGCUGAUGCUUUGGAAGGAAAUCUACAAGAGGAGUUGAAAAAAGUCGUCCGAUGGCGACCAGAGACAGCCAUUGAACGAAAUUGGAGCUCCACACAGGGUCGCUUCGGUGGUCCUGGAAAGGUUAUGGAUUUUCAGGAUGUCAAGAACAAUGAGUGGACUUGCAUUGGGUUCAAGGAGUCCAGGCUUUGA